AUGGUGAUUCCUUUCGUGGAUCAGUGUUAUUCACAGGGAACAAAUUUGAGUAGGUUAAGAACUGAACUUCAGGCUCAUGUACGGGGAUCAGGCAUAAUUUAUUCUAAGAUUCGAAUUAGUGGGCUUGUGAGGACUGAAAUUUACAUUGUGACGGUGGAAGGAGAGCCUGUGAUAAGUUAUACAGGCGGUGUCAAUGGGUUUGAAGCUACUGCUGUGGAGACUGACUCUGAUGAGAAAAUUGAUGUCACUAGUGAAUUGGUGACAUCCUACUCCCGUCACCUAGAAAAGAAACAUGAUAUGCUUCUCGGAAUGUUGUUUGACCGAGGAACGUACAAGAAACUCUACAGCUACCAUCAUCUUAUCAAUGGCUUUGCAGUUCACAUUUCACCUGAGCAGGCAGAAACACUUAGAGGAGCACCUGGUGUGAAGUCUGUGGAAAGAGAUUGGAAGGUAAGGAGACUCACAACCCAUACUCCUCAGUUUUUGGGGCUUCCAACUGGAGUAUGGCCAACAGGAGGUGGAUUUGACCGUGCUGGAGAGGAUAUUGUCAUAGCCUUCGUGGAUUCAGGAAUUUAUCCUCAUCACCCAAGCUUUUCAACACAUAAUACUGAACCGUAUGGACCUGUUCUGAGGUAUAGAGGAAUUGAUUUUGAUUCUCCCCUUGACGGUGAUGGACAUGGAAGUCAUACAGCCGCUAUUGCAGCUGGCAAUAAUGGAAUUCCUGUGAGGAUGUAUGGAUUUGAAUAUGGACGAGCAAGUGGAAUGGCACCCCGUGCUAGGAUUGCUGUGUACAAGGCACUCUACAGAAUAUUUGGUGGAUUUGUUGCAGAUGUAGUGGCUGCUAUUGAUCAGGCUGUUCAUGAUGGUGUUGACGUUUUGAAUCUCUCGGUGGGGCCUAAUAGUCCUGGAGCAGCUACAAAGACCACAUUUUUAAACCCAUUUGACACUGCCCUUCUUUCAGCUGUGAGAGCCGGAGUUUUUGUUGCACAGGCAGCUGGAAAUGGAGGUCCAUUUCCCAAAACCCUGUUGUCGUAUAGCCCUUGGAUAGCAUCUGUGGCUGCUGCAGUUGAUGAUCGGAGAUAUAAGAACCAUAUGACCUUGGGGAAUGGGAAAAUCUUAUCUGGAAUUGGGUUGUCACCUGCUACACAUGCAAAUCGAACAUUUACCUUGGUAGCGGCUAAUGAUGUGCUGUUGGAUUCUUCAGUUGCUAAGUAUAGUCCUUGUGAUUGCCAGAGGCCGGAAGUUCUAAACAAAAAUUUGGUGGAGGGAAACAUUCUUCUCUGUGGCUAUUCUUUCAAUUUUGUUUCUGGUACUGCUUCAAUCAAGAGAGUCUCCGAAACUGCGAAGAUUCUCGGUGCAGUUGGCUUUGUUCUAGCAGUGGAAAAUGCUUCUCCAGGAACAAAAUUUGAUCCUGUUCCUGUUGGCAUUCCUGGGAUCCUCAUCACGGAUGUUAGCAAGUCAAUGGAACUUAUAGACUACUACAAUGUUUCUACACCACGGGAUUGGACUGGGCGAGUAAAGAACUUUAAGGCUGUAGGAAGCAUUGGGGAAAGUUUGAAGCCUAUACUCCAUAAAUCUGCACCACAAGUAGCAUUGUUCUCUGCCCGAGGACCCAAUAUCAAAGAUUACAGCUUUCAAGAUGCAGAUCUCCUGAAACCAGAUAUUCUGGCUCCGGGCUCUCUAAUUUGGUCUGCUUGGGCUCCAAAUGGAACUGACGAGGCAGAUUAUGAUGGUGAAGGAUUUGCUAUGAUAUCUGGAACUAGCAUGGCUGCACCUCAUAUAGCAGGAAUAGCUGCUCUUUUGAAACAGAAGCACCCUCAUUGGAGUCCUGCUGCUAUCAAAUCAGCCUUGAUGACUACAUCAACAACCCUUGACCGAGCUGAGAGACCUCUUCAAGCCCAACAAUUUUCUGAAUCUGGAACUAUGUCUCUAGUCCCUGCAACGCCUUUUGAUUUUGGAAGUGGCCACGUUAAUCCCAGAGCUGCUCUAGAUCCUGGACUCAUCUUUGAUGCAGGAUAUGAAGACUACUUAGGGUUCUUAUGCACUACACCUGGAAUUGAUGCUCGUGAGAUAAAAAAUUACACAAAUUCCCCCUGCAUUUAUACCCUUGGACAUCCAUGGAAUCUCAACAUCCCAUCAAUCACAAUUUCACACCUCGUGGGAACUCAAACUGCGACGCGCACUGUGACAAAUGUUGCCAACGAAGAAACCUAUGUUAUCACAGCACGGAUGGCACCAGCAAUAGCCAUAGACACAAAUCCUCCUGCAAUGACUCUAAGACCUGGUGCAUCUGGGAAAUUCUCGGUGACUCUCACAGUUCGAUCAGUUACAGGAGCCUAUAGUUUUGGAGAAAUUCUUCUGAAGGGGAGUAGAGGGCACAAGGUCAGGAUCCCUGUUGUAGCAAUGGGUUUUGAUCGAUAG